GACCUCUGACCCCCCUCCUCACCGCCCCGCCCCCCGCGAUGCGCGCGCCACUGCCCCAGCUCGACUAGAUGAAGGCCUAAGCUGUAUACAGUAAUAAUAAUAAAUUAAGAUUUCAACGUUUAAGCUUCCCUAAUUGAGAGGUCGUUUCCUCACAGUUGCGCUUCUUUUGUCGUCUGCGAGCCGAUAGGCGACGCGAAGCCAGCGUGCGCUCGUUCGCUCGCGGGUUCCCGCGGCCAGGGAGAGGGAGGGGAGAGGAGUGUAACUGCGUGAGGACCGGAUCCCGCGAUGGCGUCGGAGGAGAAGAAGGCAGAGGCGGACGGAGAGAAGUCGCAAGCGACGGCGCCACCGACGAGUUCCAACAGCCAGGGCAAGCCGACCCCCAUGAAGCCCAACUACACGCUCAAGUUCACGCUGGCCGGCCACACCAAGGCCGUGUCCUCCGUCAAGUUCAGCCCCAACGGAGAGUGGCUCGCCAGUUCCUCCGCUGACAAGCUAAUAAAGAUUUGGGGUGCAUACGAUGGGAAGUUUGAGAAGACCAUCUCGGGGCACAAGCUGGGUAUCUCCGACGUGGCAUGGUCCUCGGAUUCGAAUCUCCUUGUCUCAGCCUCCGAUGACAAAACCCUGAAGAUCUGGGACAUGAACUCGCCCCUGAUGGCCCUGCAGGGUAAAUGCCUGAAGACCCUGAAGGGACACAGCAACUACGUGUUUUGCUGUAACUUCAACCCGCAGUCGAAUCUCAUCGUCUCGGGCUCGUUUGAUGAGAGCGUGCGCAUCUGGGAUGUGAAGACGGGGAAAUGUCUCAAAACGCUGCCCGCACACUCCGACCCCGUGUCAGCGGUUCACUUCAACCGGGACGGCUCUCUCAUCGUGUCCAGCAGCUAUGACGGGCUGUGCCGGAUCUGGGAUACAGCAUCAGGACAGUGUCUCAAGACACUCAUAGACGACGACAACCCCCCUGUGUCAUUUGUCAAGUUCUCUCCCAACGGGAAGUAUAUCCUUGCCGCCACGCUGGACAGUACCCUGAAGUUGUGGGACUACAGCAAGGGAAAGUGCCUGAAAAGGUACACGGGACACAAGAAUGAGAAGUACUGCAUCUUCGCCAACUUCUCCGUCACGGGAGGGAAGUGGAUCGUGUCCGGCUCCGAGGACAACCUGGUCUACAUCUGGAACCUGCAGACCAAGGAGAUUGUGCAGAAACUGCAGGGACACACGGACGUGGUGCUGUGUACCGCGUGCCACCCCACAGAGAAUAUCAUCGCGUCAGCCGCGCUUGAAAACGACAAAACCAUCAAGCUGUGGAAGAGCGACUGUUAGGGGCGGGCGGGGGUUG